AUGUCAGAAUUAGCAAUAGCAAAUAAGCUUCAAAAGCUUGUUGCUGACAUGCACAGUCACUGUAUAGGGCUGAAUUUGAAAGACGUCACAUUAAAAACGUAUCUGAAUACACUAUUAAAUCAUUUACUUCGAUUAAUUAAAUCCCCAUUAUCUCAACCAAGGCAUAAGAGGAGAGCACAAAUUGUUUUCCUUUCUCUGGUGGUUUCAUGUUUGUCUCUAGUCACUGGUUGUUCCUAUUUUGGAUACAGAAUAGUGUCAAAGUGUUAUUACUUUUUUAAGUAUUCUAAUAAACGUCAUGAGGGAGCACCAUUAAGACGUACCAGAUCACAAACCCUCCUGAAUUCUGGUGCAAGGAUAAUGUAUAUACCAGAUGAUAAAACUAUGAACACUAACGUAAACGUUAUUUCAAAGGAUAAAAGAAAGAAAAUAUUCAUACCCCCAAAGUAUGAUGAUGUUUAUGAACACGAUAAGUAUCUCUUUAAGGCGAUUGAUAGUAGUAUUGCAAAUGGACAAAACAAGCAAUCUCAACUCUUUUAUUCUAAAUUCUUGAAUCAAAUGAACGCAAUUUCUAAAAUAUUAAUACCUUCAAUUUUUGACAAAAAUUCUGUACUCCUAGUUUUACAAAUUUUCUUCCUUAUUAUGAGGACUUGGUUAUCACUAUUUGUUGCAAGGUUAGAUGGUCAAAUUGUAAGAGAUAUAAUUUCUCACAGAGGUCGCAAAUUUCUUUUGGAUUUAGUAGUAUGGUUUUUAAUUGCCGUACCAGCAUCCUAUACCAAUAGUGCCAUCAAAUUAUUGCAAAGAAAAUUGAGUCUAAAUUUCAAAGUGAAUUUAACUAGAUAUAUUCAUGACAUGUAUCUAGAUGAUAGAUUAGCUUUUUAUAAGCUUAUGUUUGAUACCAAGGCUUCUAGUUCUGUAAUAAAAAACAUCGACAAUUCAAUAACAAAUGACGUUUCAAGAUUCUGUGAUGCGACUUGUUCUGUCGUUGCGAAUAUUGCUAAGCCUGUAAUAGAUUUGGUGUUCUUUUCAAUCUAUUUACGUGAUAAUUUAGGUACUGUCGGCGUCGGAGGUAUCUUUUUCAACUACUUCCUUACAGGUUAUAUCUUGAGAAGAUAUACUCCACCUUUGGGGAAGCUCACUAGCGCAAGCUCUGCUGCUGAUGGUACUUAUUACAAUUAUCAUCUCAAUAUGAUCAAUAAUAGCGAAGAAAUUGCAUUUUAUCAAGGCACAGACGUUGAAAGAAUAAAAGUCCAGAAAUUAUAUGAAACUUUAAUGGAAGCUAUGCUCAACGUCAGUAAAAGAAAAUUCAACUAUAAUAUGAUUGAAGAUUACAUUCUAAAAUAUACUUGGUCCGGUUUGGGUUACGUUUUCGCUUCUAUCCCCAUUGUUUUGUCAACUGUGGCAACUGGUGUCAAUUCUGAACAAAGAAAUAUGAAAGAUUUUAUCGUGAAUAAAAGAUUAAUGCUUUCCUUGGCAGAUGCGGGCUCUAGAUUAAUGCAUUCAAUUAAGGAUAUUUCUCAAUUGACAGGGUACACAAAUCGAAUUUUUACACUUUUAGCAGCUCUACACAGGGUUCAUUCAAUAAAUUUUAAUUACGGCGCAACCACUAGAUCAUCCCAAAUUGAUUGGGAUCAGCUUAGCUCAAACAAAGAUAUGCAUACUGCAAAUAAUUUACAUUUAAUUAAACAGAAGCGCAUUGAAAAGGCAACAGAAGUUGUUCAAGGAACUGUGCAGAACAAUUUUAAUGGUGUAAGGUUAGAAAAUGUCGACAUCGUAAUUCCUUCAACAAGAGCCAAGAACGGAACAAAAUUAAUAAAAAAACUGACUUUCCAGGUUCCACCCAGCAUCGAUCCACUUUCUUCUAGAGCUGAUUCAGUUCAAGAUUUUAAUGAAAUUACUAAUGAUAUAUCAAUACCAUUUUUGAACAGUGCAGGCUCGAGCUUGUUAAUUUUAGGGCCAAAUGGUUGUGGUAAAAGUUCAAUUCAAAGAAUCAUAGCAGAAAUUUGGCCAAUUUAUAACAAAAAUGGUCUUCUGUCGAAGCCAACUGAGGCUAAUUUAUUAUGUGUUCCACAGAAGCCUUAUUUUACAAGAGGUGGUACUUUAAGAGAUCAAAUCAUAUAUCCAAUGUCAUCGGAUGAAUUUUUUGAUAGAGGCUUAAAAGAUAAGCUCUUAGUCCAGGUACUAAGAGAGGUAAAACUAGAUUAUCUAUUAAAAAGAGACAAGGGUUGGUCUUAUUUGGAUACAGUUUCAGAUUGGAAGGAUGUUUUGAGCGGUGGUGAGAAACAAAGAAUGAAUUUUGCACGUAUUAUGUUCCAUAAACCACGUUUCGUUGUAUUAGAUGAAGCAACCAAUGCGAUUAGUGCAGACAUGGAGGAUUAUUUGUUCAAUGUCCUAAAGAGGUAUCGUUUCAACUUCAUCACCAUUUCUCAGAGACCAUCUUUAAUAAAAUAUCACGAUUUACUAUUGGAAAUUUCAGACGAUAAUAGUGGAUUAUGGCAACUACAAACAUUAGGUACCGAUGAAGCAAUUACAUCCAUUGAUAAUGAAAUUGAGGAAAUUAAAAGAAAACUGGAGAAAGUUAAUGAAUGGAAAGCAGAAAGGGAAGAAUUACAAAGAAAAUUGGAGAUCCUAUAA